AUGCAGGAGGAGAACCUAAUAAGUUGGCCGAAUGAAGCGCGUGCCCUUCAAAUUGCUGAGGCCUUUGAAAGCACCUACUCCUUCCCAGGUACUAUAGGAUGCAUUGACGGGACGGAGAUACGAAUCAAGGCCCCUACCUGGUGUCCUUCAUCGUAUAUCAACAGGAAGGGGCAUCAUUCAGUCACUUUGCAAGCAGUAUGUGACAACGAGAUGAGGUUCAUCGACUGCUAUGCCGGUGAAGCAGGUUCGGUGCAUGAUGCCGCAGUGUUUCGCCGUUCCCCACUCUCCUUGGAAAUGAGAAAGGAAGGUGUAUUUCCAGGAGGCACGCACAUUUUAGGUGAUGCAGCCUACCCCUUGCAGUCAAACUUGCUUGUGCCAUACAAGGAUAAUGGGCACCUCGCUGAGCACCAGGUGCUGUACAAUACAAUACAUUCUAGCACACGGUGCACCAUCGAGCGAGCCUUUGCCCAGCUAAAGGGACGGUUCAGACGCCUUAAGUAUGUGGAUAUGAAUAAUGUGAAAUACAUUCCAGUUGUCAUCAUCGGAAGUUGCGUGCUUCAUAAUCUUUGUGUGGACAAUGGUGACAUAUUUGACUGUUCCUAUGAAGCUGCGUUUGAGGAUGCAGUAACCCACAGUGACGAAGGACGCUCUGAGGCUGCGGCUGUGAAGAGGGACAGCAUUGCGGAUGCCCUUGCUUUUCAAACGAUGCAGUAA